CACGUGACGGUAACAUCUCUCAUGUUCUGCUGAGCUUGACUACACUUUGUUCUGAACACCAACUGACUUAGAUAACGUUUUCUGUCAACUAAAUGCAAGGAUGCUGAGGGUCAUCCCCCGAAUAUAUCGUUGCCGAUCGCUACCACCUUCGACGCCAGAGUUCAAUGGAACCUCUUGUACCACUAUAUUACAGAGGCACUAUAGCUCUACCGGGCAACCCAUCACUGACCCUGUAGAUUCGUUGUCACAGCCAAUUUCAGUGUCUGGCCCGGGUUCAAUAUCCCUUGCUCAUCCAAAAGACCCAAGGUCUGGGCACGGGUACUCCGACCUCAAUCCUCCCCCUCCGUCAUCUUCGCCUCCGCCCGAGGACGCCUCGUCUCUUCCUACGACUCUUUCGGGUCCACCUGCACGCACUUACCAGCCAGAUUCUCAACAGUCAUAUACAGCCCCUCCAUUCCACACGCAUGCCUUCGUCUCCGCGCUUGAGAAGUCAUUCCCCACACCCACAGCGCGAAGUCUGAUGAGAGCUACGCGCGCUUUGCUUGUGGACAGAAUAGAUCGCGUAAGGCGAGAAGGCCUUACGGUUAAAGAUUUGGAUAAUCAAGCAUAUUUAUUCCGUGCAGCGCUUUCUGAACUUCGUGCAGAGCAAACUGCAAGGUCUCGUAAUGAAAGCGCGACAAUACGAUCUGCCACAGCUGCGUUGCGCCGAGAAGUCGAUCGUCUAGAUGUCAAGAUGAAGGAAGACCUUGGUACCUUGACACAUGAGAUACAAAUGGAGCUUGACACUCGCAAAAACGAGUCAAAGGCACAGUUGAAACAGCAGACGAUCGCAAUUGAGGAAGUCCUCAAUAAGGCGAUUAUAACGCUCAGCGACCUCCGCGCAAACAUGGAAGAGGUAAAAUGGAAUAACAUGCGUCAAGCUGUUGCUGCACUGGGCGCUUUUGUUUUAUUAAUUGUUAUUGGCAUGGAAUUAUAUACAUUCAACAAACCGAAGCCGCCGCCACCGCCGCCCUUGGCUGUGCUGAAGGAAAGACUACCUCCACCAGAUGGUGAAGCAGUGUCUCAGGUGUCAUAGCACACAGCCCCAAGGCCCAGGUUUUAAUGGACUCCUUAUCGCUCACACGGACGUGCAGAUAAGAUAAGUCACUAUCUUACAACCACAUUCACCUAUAUUGUCUACAACUAGGACAUCUAGAGAAAGGAACAGCCGCAUAGAUUGUUGUACAUAUAACGAUACUAACUUU